AUGGUGGGACAUGUUGUGAAAAUGCCGGACAAGAACCCGGCAAAAAUGGCGUUCGCCUCGAAUCCGGUUGGUACCAGACGCAAAGGUGCUCAGUUUCGGUCGGAACCGUGGAAGGAACAGGAGAACGAUCACGGUGGGACGACGCUGCUCGAUCACUAUUUUGUGCAUCAUUUCGAUCAUGAGGAACCGGACUCGGAGCCGGCGUCCUCCUUUACCCGCCAGUCAUCGGUCGGCAUCAAUUGCCGGUGUGUUACGUUGAGAGAAUGUCCAAAAAUUUUGGAGAUGCUGCGAACCCCAAAGUCUAGCUAUAGUAGUUUUAACUCGAAACUAAAACGGCUCACCUGUGGCUUCGGGCUGAGUAGAGAACCCAGUAUAUGCUGUCCGUUGGAUGACAGUUGGCUUACCGACGAUACGGAACCAAAUUCACGGUCCAGUUUCGGUUUCUCAGAUAGUGAUAAUCUAAAGUACAUGCACUAUUCUAAGAGUCAGUUCGGUUUCGGCAAAGCCGAACAAGAGCACAGAUACAAUUUCAUCACAUCCUUCGAAGAUCCCAAAACAUUAAAAAAUUGUCCACCGGUGAUAUACCCAGCUAGCGAAGCUAGCGUCAGCCGAGCGAGCAAACCAUAUAUUGCCCCAGCGGUUCGCCGUAGAACGACAACCGCUCGUCCUCGGCCAGUUUUCAGCAACACCCGAACUAACCAGGAAAUAUUGAACGCUGUAGAAUCCGCGACCGUGGCGACCACACAGGCACCAGUGAUCGAAACAACGGCACGAUUGCUUGCGACUGUUCCACCACCACCGGUUGUAAAUGACGCCUUGUGCGGGCUCUCCGUCAACACCAGAAUCAUCGGCGGAGAGGCGGAAAUUCCCGGCCAGUUCCCCUGGAUGGCGCGGUUAGCCUACAGGAAUCGAACUUCGGGACGAGUGACGUAUCGCUGUGCGGGUUCUUUGAUUACCAAUCGUCACGUGAUCACCGUUGCUCAUUGUGUGACGAAUUUGAUCGAUGAAUUAGAGUUAGUUAGCGUGAGGUUGGGCGACCUCGAGUGUAACUCCUUGACCGAUAGUCGAUGCCGCAAUCGCUAUCAGGACUUUGCAAUUGAACGUUUAAUUCCACACGAAAACUACGACAGCCCCAAAUAUGCUAAUGACAUUGCGCUGGUGAAAUUACAGCAGACAACCGAAACAUACAACAUCCUCAGUCCGCUGUGUCUUCCCAUGGACCAGUAUUCGGAUUAUGCUAGAAAUCUGACUGGUACUACGGGAAUCAUUGCUGGCUGGGGAUCGACGAGUAAUCGUAGUAACACUCCCAGCCCAACGUUGCAGUGGCUUCGGUUGCCGAUCGUGGACACGACCCAGUGUGCUAACUCCUAUGCUCGGUACAGCGUUAAUUCACGAACGCCGAUUGUUGUGUCAAGCAAUCAGAUGUGCGUCCAGGGUCAGGAAAAUCGCGAUGCCUGCCAGGGUGAUUCCGGUGGACCGUUAAUGAACGAAGCCAUCUCCAGCCGGGACCGCUUCGUGCUACUCGGGUUGGUCUCGUUCGGGCCACGCACCUGUGGGGUGUCCAACUUUCCCGGAGUGUACACUCGGAUCUCGUCCUAUACCGAUUGGAUACAGCGACAGAUAGCAUCGUAGCAGGGAUGCCAGGGUUGCCCCUGCAACAUUCGGAAGGGCUGUAAAUAGUUUUAAGGUUUCGAAUCAAACGCUUCUCGAAUAAAGUUCAAACCAAA